UGCAACUGUAACGAAUUUUAUCUUUUUUUUAGGAAAAAAUUUGCUUUAAAAAGUUAUCAAAAAUCAUUAAGUUAUUCUGGAAAAGAUUUAUGCUUGGCCAUCUGUUAAAGAUUAAGUGAAUUAAGCGAAUAGUUGUUUUCAAAGAAAAUCUUUGUGUAAUGUAAAUUUAAGAAAUUUAAUUUCACGUAGGCGUUGCAGAAAACCAUCUGUUGCCCUCAUAUAUUUAAGAUAGAAUGAUUAAGCAGAAUUUAAGUUUAAAAAUUUUGAUGAUCGAAACUUAAAUCUCAAGGAAUAUUUGGCUAAUUAUAUAAAAAGUGUUUCUGAAAAAGGAGGUGCAUAUGUGAUAACUGUCUCUUUCAGAAAUAAGAUGUGUUUUUAACAUGAAAUCGCUACUUCCGCAUUCCAAUAUAGCACAUUCUGUACCCGUUAAUUGUGAAUAUCUCAUAUAAUUUAUAUUUUCGUAGUUAAUCCUAAGAUUUGUAAUUUGUGUACAGAAUAUGUAUUAAAUACUAUGCUAAUACGGUAAAUUUUUUACGUUUUUUUAAUUUUUACGUGCUGUGUUGAUUUCAUAGUAAACAGUUUUUUCUUUUCCACUAAAUGAACAGAAGUUUUGCCUCAUUUUCUAGUUGAGGUAAAGUAACUGGUAUAAAUAGCUUUACAUUUGUUAUAAAUUAUACGAUGGCUGCUUCUGUUGAAGAUCAAGUAAAAGAUGGAGAACAAAAUGAGUCUCAGAGUAGUCAUACUGAUGAAGGUAUAUCAUCUGCAUCUGAUAUCAAUGCUGAAAUAGAAAAUUCUAUCUUUACUUCACCUGAUCCUGAACCAGGUGUGUCAGCAGCAUCUGAUAAUGUGGACAAUGAAGCUAAAAGUCCUGCAAAAGAAAAAUGUACUACUUCAGAUGAUAAAACUGACUCAAUAUAUCAUAUAAAAUGGAUUUCCUUGAAUGGAAGAAAAAGCCCAAUUAUUACUCAGAAUGAAAAUGGUCCUUGCCCACUUAUUGCAAUUAUUAAUGUACUAAUUAUGAAAGGAAGAAUUACACUACCAUCUCUAGUAGAUUUUGUUACAACAGAAAAUUUAAUGGAGUAUCUGGGAGAUUGCAUUUUGGACAGUAUCCCAAAGAAUAUUCCUGAAGGCACACAACUGAAUUAUGAACAGAAUAUGCAUGAUGCUAUGGCAGUACUUCCCAAGCUUCAGACUGGUCUUGAUGUUAAUGUGAAAUUCACUGGAAUCAGUGAUUUUGAAUACACUCCUGAAUGUAUUAUAUUUGAUUUAUUGAGGAUACCUUUAUACCAUGGCUGGCUUAUUGAUCCACAGAUGACAGAUGUUGUGAAAGCUGUUGGCAAAUGUAGUUAUAAUCAGUUGGUUGAGAAAAUAAUUAACUCAAAAUCAUCUUUGGAUGCUGACCAAGCUACAGAAGCUUUGGUAGCAGAAAACUUCCUUGAAAAAACUGCAUCACAAUUGACGUAUCAUGGUCUUUGUGAACUUGCAUCUCAUUUGAAAGAAGAUGAAUUAUGUGUUCUUUUCCGUAACAAUCACUUCAGUUCUCUAAUAAAGCACAAAAACUGUCUUUAUCAACUUGUGACAGAUCAAGGAUUUUUGAAUGAAAAUGUUGUAUGGGAGACUUUGAAUAACAUUGAAGGAGAUGGUCAGUUUGUAGACUCUAGUUUUGUUUUGGUUCCCCCCAAAUCCUCCAAUAUGCCUUUAGCACCAAAUGUUUCUGAAGAGCAGCAGAUUGAUCAAGA